AUUUAAACCAACACCAGCCGAUCAAGACGCUGGUGUCGCUGAAGCGGCACUCUCCAUCCUUUUAGGCCCAAUUGUGAUUCCGGUAGUGUUUGUUGGAUGCAUUGAUUUCUCCGAGAAGACUCGGCGUCCCAAAUCACCCUAUCGAGCUAUACUGUGGCAGGCACCAAAAGGCAAAAGGGCGCAUCGCGACGAGACAAAAAAAGUGGGCCCUGGUGAACCUCUGUCCAGCGCAGUCCACCCUGGCAUCCUCCAUCCCAGGCUCUCAGCCCUCAGCCCUCGACCGUCCACGGGUCACGGUCACACCAAUACAAGGGGAAGCACACAGGCAUUCUUACACCUCAUCUGCCUGUGUCUGUGUCUGUGCCUGUGUCUGGGUCGAGCCAGACCUGCCAGUCAGGUCGCCAAACCCUCCCGACCCAGAACGGCGCUCGCUGCCCCGUGGCCUCAACCUUAUCCAGCACAUGCAUCAUGUAUGAACGCCAGAUCCGCCGCAGCCCUUGACGCCAACUUCUCGUCCCGCCUCUGUUCCCCUCUGCGUUCACCCCAGCUGCUACCGUCGCGCUACCCAUGCCAUCUGGUUGAUGGCCGCACCACCCCCGAAUCGACCCGUUUUCUGCAGCUAGGGAGCCAUGGCUGCACGAUGGGGCUCUUUGUUCCAGCAGGCCGUCACCGGGCUCGAGGCACGCCUUGACACCAUUCUGGCUGAUGAGGAGGAAAAGGCCAAGGCAAGCCAGGCCCAAGCGACGUCUGGCACCGCAGGCGCUACGGCCGCCGCGGCUACCUCGUCGACCACCGCGCCGACCCCCACCCCGGCCUCGGCUAAAUCCAGUCCAUCCCUUUCACGAUCAGGAUCGACAAACCGGACACAAGACCGACUCCAGGAGCGGCUUGCGAGAGCCAUCGCGGCCAAAAACGCUUCGGCCGGAUCCAGGCCCGAGCCCUCGCCUUCGAGGAAUUCGUUUACUUCGAGCCCGCGCCAAAGUCUCGAUGUCCCCAACCGCGGCUCGAUGGACGGCGGAGAGUCGGUUGGAAAGUCGCCUCAAGAACCGGCAUCACGGCGAACCUCGCAAGACACGCCCAACCGCACCUCCCUCGAUACUACCGAAGCCGACCCCGCACUCGAGUCACAGGCACAGGCAGUUCCAGCUGCGGCGGCAAAGGAGGAGGAAGUUGUUGGGCAGGAGACCACAUGCGAUGCGCCAAGGAAGUCGGCUGACUUGGAGCGAACCACAACGCCUGUGCCGGCGAUAGCCAUCGCUUCCGAUGUGCCUGUCACAGAAGCACUGUCAGCAGCAGAAUCCGAGGCCCUGGCUAGUCUCGAAAAGCAGUCAGACAUGGAAUCUGAUGAUGUGCAAAAACAGCACCAAGAGGAGAUCCAUCACUACGUCGAAAAGAUAGAUGCACUUCAGGCAAAACUGCAGUAUCUCGCCCGUGAGGCUGCAGACGCUGCCAAGAAGGCGGCGCAGACAGCACCAUCGGGCAGCCUAGAGAAAAAGCUGGCUGAGAAGGACCACAAAAUAGCUCUUCUGAUGGAAGAGGGCAAGGCUCUUGGGGUGACGGAACAAAAGCACCGGACAAUCAUGAAGAAGUUGCGCAUCAAGGUCACCGAGGAUGAAAAGGAAAUCAACAACCUCAAGGCUUCUGUAGCAAAGGCCGACGCCGAAGCCGAGGCGCAGCGAAGACUGGGGCGUCGGGCGAAAGACCUUGAAAAGUUCCACGAGGAGUCCCUGAAGAGGAUAGGACAACUGCAGAAGGAUAUCAACAGCCUCCGCACCGAGUCGUCGUCCAAGGAUUCGACCAUAGCAGACCUGAGGGCCCAACUACAACAAGCAAAUGAGAACGCUGAGUCUCUAAACGCCAGGGCAAAUCAGGAGGCACUCGAAAAGGAGCGGCGACGAGUCAAGGAGCUUGAGGACGAGGUUGCGACGCUAAAAGUGGAGAAGGACCUGGCGGCCGAUCGGGCCAGGGCGCAAGCCAGCGAGCUCAAAGAGAAGGCAGAGCGGGCCACGGAGCGAGCGCGUGUGGUUGAGGCCGAGCUCAAGGCCGAGGCGCAGGCUAUGGAGAGCAAGCUGGAGGCAAUGCGCACCCGUGCCGAGGAAACUAGCUCAGGCGCCCUGGGCGACUCCCAGGCGAAGCUCUUGAGGCAGGUCGAGACGCUGCAGACCCAAUACGCUAUUGCUAGCGACAACUGGCAGGGCAUUGAAGCUACUCUUCUCGGGAGAAUAUCAAAUCUGGAGAAGGAGAGGGACGAGGCCCAGCAGCGGGAGUCUGACAUGAGAAAGAAGGCGCGAGAGGCGGCCACCCGCGCAAAGCGUAAUGAAGAAGAGCUGGAGGAAGCUCGAUCGAAGCUGCCCACGGCUCAGCAGGACAUCGAGUCGUACCAGAAGCAACUGGAGGCGCUGAAGAAGCGCGCCGAGCAGGCCGAGGCGACUCUGCAGGAAGCCAGAGCCGACUUUGACAAGCAAAAGGCGUCCUGGAAGGAUGAGCGGCGACAGGGCACUGGCAGUGCCGACCGGAGUGUAGCCGACGAUCGGCGUGGGUGGUUAGAAGACGUGGCGCAGCAGCAGCCAUUCCGGAGCAACAGCCGGCCCGACUCGCCUUUGCUCUUGCCGCCGGUGCGGACGUGGAGCUCAGACAUGCUCGGCUUCCAUACCCUCUCGGGCAAGUUGCGCAAGCCUUCGGCGCCGUCCAGCAACGGCGACGGUGCCGGCGACAGGGGCAUGGCCCGGCGCCCGUCAGCGCAGCCGUCCCAUCGACCUUCAAUAGCGCCGAGCACAGCGGGUAGCUACCAUCUGACCCCGGGGUCGACAUUCAGUGCUUCUAUCGAGGCGCUACCGGCUCCCGGGGCACACCCCAUGGACCAGGAAGACAUGGACGGCGUCGAGACGGGAUCAACGCACCAGGUGGUGCAGGACAUGGUGUCCGUCAGCACGGUCGGGGCCGGCCCGUCGGUGCAGCUGGUGGAGCGCAUGAGCGCCCAGGUGAGGCGGCUCGAGAGCGAGCGGGUGGCUGGGCGCGAGGAGCUCGCGCGCAUGUCGAAGCAGCGCGACGAGGCGCGGGUCGAGAUCGUGGCGCUCAUGCGGGAGAUAGAAGCCGGCAAGGAGGCGCGCGAGCGCGUGGUCAAGCUCGAGGCCGAGGUGGCCGAGGUCAACGCCAGGUACGAGACGACGCUCGAGAUGCUCGGCGAGAAGAGCGAGAUGGUCGAGGAGCUCAAGGCGGACGUCCAGGACGUGAAGGCCAUGUACAGGGAGCUGAUAGAGAGUACACUAAAGUGAGGGCGGGAGCAGAAAGCCCCGCCUCGGGGGAGCGCAUGUCUGGAGAUAGCGGGUGGGAUAGAGCGGCACUCUCCUCGGCCUUGACACCAAGGCCUGCGAUCUAUUUGUCUUUGUUUCACCAUAAUGUGCCCCCUGAUUCUUCCCCUUCCUUUUAUUCUCUUCUCCUGUUUAUUAUUGAGCUAUACUGUCUUUUUCUACCAAGACAUUUCUCGCGUUUUUCGUCUGUUUGCAGCCCACUCCGGGCCCCCUAGGACGAUGUGCCCAUCUCGAUGCCCUCCCUCUCGGCCACCUGCUCGAUGUAUUUCCGCACCGCCUUGUCAGGGGCCAGGUCCAGCGCCAAGCACCCGUCGACGUCCUUCUUGUCCGUGCUGGCCCCUGCUUUGAGGAGGGCCACGGCUGUGUCGCCUGCGAGUCCGGGGGCGGCCGCAACAGAAAGUGGGUUCCGGUCGUUAGAGGGCAGCUCAACCACGCAAGGGUGAAACCUCGAACGAAUGAAAGCGCGCGGGGGUGGAGGAGGAGGAGGAGGAGGAGGAGGA